UUUGGGUCCGACGCGCCAAUCUAACUGGAAUCACACUGGUUAAUCUGGUGCUGCCGUGGGCUGGCGGCAGGGAACAAGUGUUGCCAGAGGGAGACGAUGAAUCAUCCCUGAGGGUUAUCGGAGAAUACCACGAUCUCAUCUACGAUUUCCAAAACAUCAUGGGAUUCCGGCUGAUCAACCGCAGGCCAUUUGAUCUCGAGUUUGGCUCGAAUCUCGAAAAUGGUACGUGGAGUGGCAUCUUGGGCGAGUUGAACACCAACCAGGCGGAUUUGAGCUCAGUGGCAUACGCCAACCACGAUGGCAGAAAAGGCGUGGUAGAUUUCUCGGCUUCUCUGGGCCCGGUCCAAUCGGUUCUGUUAAUGAGUGCAUCCCAGGGUCCCGAAUGGACUGUUUGGCCCUAUGUUCGACCCUUCUCCGUUUUGGUAUGGGGCGCCUACUUGGCGUCCAUAGUUGGGCUGGUCUUGGCUCUCUAUCUGACUGGAAGUGAGUCCCCCGUGGGCACGGUCUUGGUUUUCGUUAUCCAACGCGGAGAUUUCGGCCAAACCCGCUCCGUGUCCGAACGUGGCGCACUCAUGUGCUUGGGGAUUUUGACCUUCGUCAUGUUUGCCCACUAUUCCGCCAUUCUCACCACCAACCUCACCAUCUUGGAUGAUCCCAACCCGUUGGAUACCUUCGAGGAAGUAUACCAAAAAGGCAAGCAAUUGAUUUUCGAAAAAGGCGAGGUGGUCGAGCUUAUUUUGAAAGAUGCACCCCCUGGAUCUGUGGAGAACCAGCUGUACGUGGAGACGGUCAAAGACAACCCACAAGCUCUGGUGAAAUCCGUGCCUGAGGCAAUUGCGGCUGUUCUCGAGGACUCCAACAAGGUGUAUUACAGUGCCAUUGGCCCGCCUAUUCCUGGAACCCAAUCGCACCUUAUUCUAUCGAACCAAAUGUACGCCAUGACCCUACCCUUCCCGCCCACUUCAGAGUUCCGUCUCCUCUUCAACUUCUACAUUGAGCGCAUCAAAGAGUCCGGCCUCAAGCAGCAGCUCCGACGUCGUCACACGCCCAUCCUGUCCUUGGACCACGCCCAGAAUGAGGCCGGUCAGGGCUUGGAUUUGAGCUGGACCUUUGGCCCGUUUCUCAGCGUGGGUCUGGGGGUGGGUUUGAGCGCCCUGAUUUUGAUGUUCGAAUCCGCACUAAGUCAAUGUCAAAGUUGAAAGACGAUGUAAUAAAGAAUCAGGGUUCUCUUUUUAUUCAUGGUUGGUGGUUACACGGCAUCGGCAUCAUUCACAAAAGAGGUUCGCACAUAGGCUUGUACGUCUAUUCCUUCUUCUGGGAUUGAGCCGUGGUGCCCUCACGGAAUCCAUUGCGGAAUCGUCGUCGGACCACGGAGAGA